UUGUGUAAGUCUCACUGACAUAUCAUAUGACGGGAGCAAAUAUAUGACAACCUUUGCGUAAGUCUCACUGACAUAUCAUAUGACGGGAGCAAAUAUAUGACAACCUUUGUGUAAGUCUCACUGACAUAUCAUAUGACGGGAGCAAAUAUAUGACAACCUUUGUGUAAGUCUCACUGACAUAUCAUAUGACGGGAGCAAAUAUAUGACAACCUUUGUGUAAGUCUCACUGACAUAUCAUAUGACGGGAGCAAAUAUAUGACAACCUUUGUGUAAGUCUCACUGGCAUAUCAUAUGACGGGAGCAAAUAUAUGACAACCUUUGUGUAAGUCUCACUGACAUAUCAUAUGACGGGAGCAAAUAUAUGACAACCUUUGCGUAAGUCUCACUGACAUAUCAUAUGACGGGAGCAAAUAUAUGACAACCUUUGUGUAAGUCUCACUGACAUAUCAUAUGACGGGAGCAAAUAUAUGACAACCUUUGCGUAAGUCUCACUGACAUAUCAUAUGACGGGAGAUAUAAUCAGAACACCACAUGUGAAAUGCUGCAAAAAGACGUCCGAUGCAAAUACACGGCAGUGCUGCAGGCAGAACUGAUUGCCACGAAACCCAACAAUGGUUGAGGUAAUUAUCUAAAGUUCCUGCAAAGGAUAAAGUGAUUAUUGCCAGUUAGAUCUGAAUUCAGGUUCAGUAGUCAGAAUAAACAAGUUUGAUACGCCAGCCGUAUUGAAUUAUGAAAUGUUUAUUAGAUACUAAAAGAGGAUAUACACAUCACAUGUUGCCCACCACCGGAAGUGAUACUCACAGUACAGUACUUGUUUCCAUCAAUAUACUUUACUUCAAUGUACUUGUUUGAAUUCAGCACUUCAUCUGCACUGUAAGAUUUAUAUAUUGUGAUAUAAACAAUAGGAAAAUGGGUAAUGGUGUUGCUUUGUUCCUCUAGUAUUACUGCAUUCUUGCAGCGGAGAGAGUGAGUGAGGGAAUGAGUUGUAUCUGGAGUAGGAGUAUCGGUACCACUAACAAUUGAUGAGUUAAACCGCGGUUGUGGAAAGGUUUUGUCGCUUUCAUGUAUUUCCUGUGACUGGUAUGCUGAUUAUUGGACGGGGCUGGUCACAUGACGAGCAUGGUAAUGGCAGAAGGGCGUAUCCUGUUUACGUAACGCCCGUGUCACCCGAAUGUGUAAACAUGUUUUUCCAAACCAGAAUGGGACCACGAUCGGGUCACGCUGACUCACAUUCGUGACCGAUCAAGUGUUAGGUUGCCAUGGUAACUGCUAUGUAAAACCAGUUGAAUAGCCAUUACCCGGUUUUCCUGCUAUGGCCACGUGACCAGGAAAAUUAAACACCCUUGAAGUCAUGGAUUUGAAAUAUAGUCAAGUUCAGAGCUAUCACACACCACAACAAGCAGGAACUGUAAAUCUAGGUUCAGGGGACGGUAUUUGUGUAGAGAGGGCAGACCUACCUUGUUGCAACCCCUGUUAUCUAACGUGUAUCAGUUCACCACAGCGAGCGCUGGGACGAUGAGGACACGGACACAAGGCGCACAUCCAUGAACUACAUCGGUGUUCUUCUCGCUGCACUACACUUAAAAUGGCAGCAUUGAAACUGUUACCUCUUGUGGUCAUAGUCGUCCUAUUCCCGGAGUCCAUGUCACCAUCACGAUUGUCUGUGUCAGCUUUAGCCUCAUCAACUCCGACGUCGUCAUCACAACAGUCUCAGUCGACUACUACCACGUCACCACAACCGUCUUCUUCAGCCUUGUCCUCAUCAACUCCGACGACGUCAUCACAACAGUCUGAGUCAGCGAUGAGCUCAUCAACUACAAGGUCACCACAACCGUCUGUGUCAGCCGUGUCCUCAUCAACUUCGACAACGUCAUCACAACAGUCUCAGUCAGAUAUGUCCUCAUCGACUACUACCACGUCACCACAACCGUCUUCUUCAGCCUUGUCUUCAUCAACUCCGACGACGUCAUCACAACAGUCUCAAUCAGCGAUGUCCUCAUCAACCACAAGGUCACCUCAACCGUCUGUGUCAGCCGUGUCCUCAUCGACUCCGACAACGUCUGCUUCAGCAGCAAGUUCGUCUGAUACAUCGUCGCCUUCAUCACCAGAGUUGGUGACAUCAGCCUCGACCUCCCUCAACAACAGUUCAUCUGAUUUAUCAACCACUUCAACAACACCCAAACUGUCUGCAUCGACAGAAGCAUCAAGCCCUUCAACGGCAUCGACGGACCUGAAGUCCACGUCUCCGUCAGUGACAGCGACACACUAUACAACGGGUAGCACCAGUGGAGAGCCUCACUCGUCAUCAGCAACUUCAUCAGCAGCUACAGAGCAUGCAACCUCAUCCCAGUUUACAACUACACCAGUAGCUGGAACAUCCUGGUCGACACAAUCAACAUUAUCAACUGGGUCAUCAACUACGGAAAAAUCAGCUAAAGAGACAAAAACAGAUGAUUCCGUGGUGACAAUAGUGCUGGCAUCCGGAGUAGCAGCAGCGAGCGUUGUCGUGGCUGGUGUUGUCCUUAUCGUAUUUUGCAGGAGGAGAAACGCCAAGUCCGAGCCAAACCUCGAGGAAACAAAUGAACAUUCUGCUAUCGGUCGAACUGAACGGUCUGCGUCUAUCGUGACACUAGUGACUGGCCUCAAGGGUGUGUUGGGAGCCAACUGCUGGGAAAUAGACCCUGCUUACUUCGUCGCCACCAAAGUUGAAGAAUCUGACAACGUGAAGUCAAAUGAAGAGCACUUAGGGCACACGGGGACAAGCGACUGUAGUGUUGAAACAACGGUGCGUGCAACUGCAGACUCACUCACCAGCGUUUGUGAAAACAAUGAACUAACAGGUCCAAACUCGGCCACCAUUCAGGGUCAGGUCGCUGGUCAGGCGCCCAUAAAUGGUCGGCCCAAGACAGAAUGCCAAGAAAGGAUAAAGGAUCACAUUAACACAGAGAGUCAAGGAAAUAAAGACAGCCAGUGUGCGACAAACGAUCACGUCAUGACUGAUAGUCAGGGUGCGAGAGACGGUCUAGUCAAGACUGAUAGUCAGUGUCAAGUAAAUGUUGAGACAAAGGGUACAAAUUAUGAAAAGAAAGGUCUUACAAAGAUAGGCGAAAUAGUUGUGGUAGAUGGUCAGACUACGAUGGAUGGACCAGCCAAACUAGAUAACCAGGGAGCGGAACAACACGGCACCAUGACAGCAGAUCUACUGGAGAGAUACGAUGAAGGAAAUGAUGACACAGAACGUCUAAGGGUCAAAGAGAGCUCAACACCAGAUGCUUUCAGGCUGAGAGCUGGCAUGGUAAAAGUGUUCCCGUGAAGUAUGGCCAUUAGUCUCGCGGCGUCCGGCGGUGGCGGGGGAGGACACCAGCAGGUGUCAGGAAUGUACACUAUGUGUGUGGCGACCAGUGGCCUGCAUACAAUGACGUUGUACAUCGGAAGGUGGCUUGUAUAUGAUCAUCUUUACAAGGUGACCUGUAUAUAAUCUAUCUCGCAAGGUGACCUGUAUAUAAUCUAUCUAUCUCACAAAGUGGCUUCUAUAUAUUCUAUAUCACAUGGAAUCUGUAUAUAAUCCCAAAAUGCCCCUUAUACAUUAUGUAUUACACAAUAUGGCUUGUAUAUGACCUCUCUCACGAGGUACCUCAUUAGGUGGCUAGUAUCUGACCCAUCUCAGGUCCUGGUAAAACAACGGCCGACAUCAUGAAUAGCAGGGCAGGACAUGACCAGUGUUGGCACUUAUACCAAGAUCAUGGUGUACAGAGAAUAGUAUCACCCAUAGAAGGAUCCUUCCCAGAGGGAGAUGACAUACUCAUAUUGCACUAUCUUUAUUAUUAUUUUGACCUUUCCCCCACGCCCAUUUGCAAUUGAAAUCCUUUUCAAACAUACUGUAGUCUAUAUUCAUUCACUCGAUAAUACAACUAAUUUAUCAGUUUACGCUAUAACUGGGUGUAUCACAUCCGGGUGGUGCCCUGAUUUAGCUGGAGGAGGAAGGUGCUGUCAGCUUCCUUGUGUCCAUAGCUUGUGAAUCUAUCAUGGGUGUUCACAUUCAAUCCAACGAACCACGCCUUUGUAAAUACGUUUCAUUGACGUUGCUACCCGCUAUGAUACGUAUGGAUUACACAAUUCUAUGCUAUCACAGCCACGGGGCUACCUCCGUUAUCAUAUAUGUUGAAACAGUUUUCCUUACAGAUAUGUUUUUAUAAUAAAAGGGUUUCCUUAUAAAAUACCCAGUCUUGAAUAUCCUCAGCAACAUAUUCCGUUUCAUGUAAAAGGAUAAUUACUUGAAAAUUACUUGAAUAUUUGGUUUUAUGUAUCGUUGUACAAGAUAUUGUAACAUAGGAUAUACAGAAGAAGGUUAGGAAAGUUGUGUAAUGUUUGUUUUCUCUCAAACUUCCCAAUAGGUUUGAAAUAUAAACGCGUCAGGUAGCAGUUUACAGUUUGUUACAAUAUAUAUAGCGACCUUGCUAUUAGUUGUUACUGUUUUAAUCACAACUAUCCUUUUCAUGCAUAUCGCCCUGCUGGGUUUUAAUCCCUAUCCCUAUCAGAUGUAUAUAAGUCUAUGCUGUGCUGUAGAACUUCACUCUUGCUUGUCAACGGUGUAAGGAUCUAUACCACAACGCCAGAUCAUAUCAGAAUAAAUAAGUUGUUAUUCAUAAA